CCGCCCCGCCGCAGCACCUUCCAUUUUAGGUGCGGGAGCGGCGGCGGGCGCACGGCGGGGAGGCCCUGCGCGGCCCGGCCCGCUCCGCACCGCUCCCCAGCCGGAUCCGGAGCCGCUCCGCUUCCCGGCACCAACCCCGCAGGAGCAGCCCGGCCGCGCUCUCCCCCCUGCUGCUUCCUCCCCGUGGUGGCUGGGCUCUCUCUGCCAUGGCUCUCUGCGCCUAGACCCGGCUGUCCCGCUGCCUUUGCCAAUCACACCCGAGCUUCCUCCUCCGACAGCGAGGAGCGGGGCUCCCCUCCCUGCCGGCUCCCCCCCUUUUUUUUUUUUUUUUCCUCCCCGCGUCCUCGCCCCCUCCCUGCCCGCCCUGGGCUCCCGGCACCCAUGGACGACUCGGAAGUGGAGUCGACCGCCAGCAUCCUUGCCUCCGUCAAGGAGCAGGAGGCGCAGUUUGAGAAGCUGACGCGGGCGCUGGAGGAGGAGCGGCGCCACGUCUCGGCCCAGCUGGAGCGAGUCCGGGUCUCCCCGCAGGACGCCAGCCCGGGUUUGGCCAACGGCACGCUCACCCGGCGGCACCAGAACGGCCGCUUCCUGGGCGAUGCUGACCUGGAAAGGCAGAAGUUCCCAGAUCUGAAGCUGAACGGCCCACAGGACCACAGCCACCUCUUGUACAGCACAAUCCCCAGGAUGCAGGACCCGGGCCAGAUCGUAGAGGAGACCUACACCAUGGAGGAGGACCCCGAAGGAGCCAUGUCCGUGGUGUCGGUGGAGACCUCGGACGACGGCACCACCCGGCGCACCGAGACCACGGUGAAGAAAGUGGUGAAGACGGUGACCACGCGGACGGUGCAGCAGGUCCCGCUGGGCCCCGACGGGCUGCCCUUGGAAACCUCCCCGGUGGGCGGCGGCGGCAGCGGCUACGUGCAGACGAUGGACAGGAAUUUCCGCAAGAACGGCACCGGCGGCCCUGGCGCCUACCUGGGCCAGCCGGGCACGGCCACGCUGCCCCGCAACUACCACUACCCCGACGGCUACGGCCGCCCCUACGACGACGGCGGCGCCUACCCGGGCAGCGAGCACAGCUACGGCAGCCUGUCCCGCGUCACCCGCAUCGACGAGCGCUACCGCCCCUCCGCCGACGCCUACCGGGCCCCCAGCCGGCAGGAUAUCUACGGCCCCCAGCCCCAGGUGCGUGUCGGGGGCAGCAACAUGGACCUCAACCACUUCCACCCCGAGCCCUACGGGCUGGAGGACGACCAGCGCAGCGUGGGCUUCGACGACGUGGACUACGGGCUGAUGUCGGACUACGGCACGGCCAGGAGGGCGGGCACCCCGUCCGAUCCCCGGCGUCGGCUCAGGAGCUACGAGGACAUGCUGGUGGACGAAGUGGCUCCCGACCGGUACUACUGGGCCCCGCUGGCUCAGCACGAGCGGGGCAGCUUGGCCAGCCUGGACAGCCUGCGGAAAGGGGGCCCGGCCCCGGGCAGCUGGCGCCAGCCCGAGCUGCCGGAGGUGAUCGCCAUGCUGAGCUUCAGGCUGGACGCCGUCAAAUCCAACGCCGCCGCCUACCUGCAGCACCUCUGCUACCGCAACGACAAGGUGAAGACCGAAGUGCGCAAGCUGAAGGGCAUCCCGGUGCUGGUGGGGCUGCUGGACCACCCCAAGAAGGAGGUGCACUACGGAGCCUGCGGGGCGCUGAAGAACAUCUCCUUCGGCAAGGACCAGGACAACAAGAUCGCCAUCAAGAACUGUGACGGGGUGCCGGCCCUCGUGCGCCUGCUGCGCAAGGCGCACGACAUGGACCUGACGGAGGUCAUCACAGGGACGCUGUGGAACCUGUCCUCGCACGACUCCAUCAAGAUGGCCAUCGUGGACAACGCGCUGCACGCCCUGACCGACGAGGUGGUGAUCCCCCGCUCGGGCUGGGAGCGGGAGCCCAACGAGGACUCGAAGCCCCGCCACAUCGAGUGGGAGUCGGUGCUCACCAACACCGCCGGCUGCCUCAGGAACGUGAGCUCUGAGAGGAGCGAAGCCCGGAGGAAGCUGCGGGAGUGCGACGGGCUGGUGGACGCCUUGAUAUACAUCAUCCAGGCCGAGAUCGGCCAGAAGGACUUGGACAGCAAGCUGGUGGAGAACUGCGUGUGCCUGCUGAGGAACUUGUCCUACCAAGUCCACCGGGAGAUCCCCCACGCCGAGCGCUACCAGGAGACGCCCCUGGUGCCCACCAACAACACCGGGCCCCACGCCGCAAGCUGCUUCGGUGCCAAGAAGGGCAAAGACGAGUGGUUCUCCAGAGGUAAAAAGCUCCCGGAAGACCCUGGUGCCGACACGGUGGAUUUUCCCAAAAGAGCAACUCCAGCCAAAGGCUACGAGCUGCUGUUCCAGCCCGAGGUGGUGCGGAUAUACAUCUCCCUGCUGAAGGAGAGCAAGACCCCAGCCAUUCUGGAGGCGUCAGCGGGAGCAAUCCAGAACCUGUGUGCUGGCAGCUGGACGUACGGCCGGUACAUCCGCUCGGCGCUGCGCCAGGAGAAGGGGCUCUCUGCCAUCGCCGACCUCCUCGCCAACGACAGCGAGCGCGUGGUGAAGGCGGCGUCCGGAGCCCUGCGCAACCUGGCCGUGGACGCGAGGAACAAGGAGCUGAUCGGCAAACACGCGAUCCCCAGCCUAGUGAAGAACCUGCCUGGAGGCCAGCAGACCCCAGCCAAAAACCUCUCGGAGGACACGGUGGUGUCCAUCCUCAACACCAUCAACGAGGUCAUCGCGGAGAACCUGGAGGCUGCCAAGAAGCUGCGGGAAACGCAGGGCAUCGAGAAGUUGGUGCUGAUCAACAAAACUGGGAACCGCUCGGAGAGGGAGGUCCGAGCAGCUGCCCUGGUCCUGCAGACGGUUUGGGGCUACAAGGAGCUGCGGAAGCCCCUGGAGAAGGAAGGUUGGAAGAAGUCAGAUUUCCAGGUGAACCUGAACAGCGCCUCUCGGACCCAAGGGGGCAACUCGUUCGAUGACAGCACCCUGCCUCUCAUCGACAGAAACCAAAAAACAGACAAGAAAUCCUCGCGGGAGGAGAUCCAGAUGAGCAACAUGGGACCAGACAAUUACUCCACGCUGAACGAGAUGGAGCACAGCAGGACGCUGGACAGACCCGGCGACCUCGGGGACACGGAGCCAGUGAAGGCGGCGCCGCUGAUGCAGGACGAGGGGCAGGAGCCGCAGCCUGAGGCAGAGGAGGCGGAGGAGGAUGCCCCUGUGCCUUGCCCCGUGUCGCAGAAGAUCUAGCUGCCAUCCCUGCCUCCGUUCACUUUGGGUUGAUAAUAUAUUAUAUAUAUAUAAAUAUAUAACUUCGUGGUGGAUUGGACUGAUUUUUUUUUUUACCUUUUUAUUUUUGCUGGACUGUUUGUGCCAACUAGCCAGCCAAAUGCCUGGGCCCGCUCCCGCCAGGGGCAGCCCAGGCCACUCUGCCUCCUCUGGGCAGCUGUACCUCCCUCUUCGGGGACGACUUCACCAAGAACUCUUCCUCCCUGGCCUUCGCCGCCACCUUCCUCUGGAGAACCGACCCCAAACCCUCCGCCUGCCCGUCGGGACCGCCCGGCGCCGAUGCUGCAAAGACUCCAGCCUUCUGUCUUCACCAGGAGCUGCCUUCUCCUCCCACACCUCCCCUCUGCUCGCAGUCGACUGCAGGGACGGGGCCGGAGGCCUCGCCACCUCCUCCUGUUGCCUAUAGGAUAUAUUUUUUUGGGGGAUGGCUCCGCAGUUCAUGCUGUGCGGACAACUGGAGCAUCCCUCCCCGCUGGUGGUGGGGCUGGAGUCCGAAGGAGGCUGGAGGCACGGGGCUGCGAGGCGAAGAAGAAACAGCAAUAACUUUUUUUUUCCCUGCUUUGUUCUUGUUAGGAGGCUUCGGGGGUGUGGGGAGAAGGAGUUGAGUCGGGGAGGGGUCUGGACGGGCCCCCUGUGCCAGGAGGGACCCUGAGGUGCGAAGAAGGCUGGUGUAGGGGGAGCGGGACGGGCUUCCCCGUCCUGAGGGCGAUCCCCCCGGGGGAAGGAAGGCCGGAGGAGACGCGGCAGGGCUUUUUGGGGCGAGGUUUCUUCGGGAACUGGCUGAAGUAGCGGAGUGCUGUGCGCCGGGCCCUGCCGCCGGGCUGCCAGGGGGCGAGCAGCGGGGCCGGCCACGACCCCCCCUGCACCCCGGGUGCCCGCGGCAGCGCCCCACAGCCUCCCCUUGACAUGUGCCUUUCUUUUGCCACUGUGAAAUAGCUCUUUGAAUUGUACUGCCCGGCUUGGCUGGGGCGAGGGGGGAUUUGCUGGGCUGCUGGGGGGGCUGAGCUCCCGCCGGGAGCCUCAGCUGGCCGCGGCCGUGCUGGAAGCCCAGAUUUUGGGAGCCCCAGGGGGAGCAGGGCUCUCCUCCAUGCCCCCUCCCCUGGAGGACAGGCUGGGCUGGGGGCGUGCAGCCUUGUCCUCUGCGCUGUGGUGGGGGGGGGGCUGUGACUAUCUUUUUUUGUUUUUUGGGGGUGAAGCGGGGAGGCCGAGGCUCCCUGUGCAACUGGACGCCUCCUUGCAGGGCUAGGAACUGGAUGCGGAGCCCUCCCCAGGCUGCAGCUCACCCCGUGUGCCUCCCCCCAGCCCCAAACAUCUCCCAGCCCCGGGGCCGAGCCCCCCUCCGGCUCCAGCCGCCCCUCACGUUGAUUCAGUUCUGCUCGGGGGUCUAACUUCUCUUUUUUUUCCUUUUGACUACGUAAAACACUAAUUCCUUUUAAUUUUGUAAUUUCAGAUGAACCAAAAAAACCCCACCCAGUUCACAGCCCGGCUUCCCCCUUCCCUCCUCUCCCCCCGUGGGCAGGGGAGCUGGCUCCGGGGGGAGGGAGGAGGGGGGGCAGGAGCCACCCUGCUGUUCCCUGUCUGAUUCCUGUGCACACUCUUAUAACGCUUUUCAAACAAGAUGAUUUUUUUAUAUAAAUAAAGUUUUUAAAGCGUG